UGUAAUGUAACAUAUAAUCAAGAGAAUUCAGAAAUUCGUCCACCAUUUGUUAAUUAUGGUGGACGUUAUGAUGAUAAACAACAUGGAGAAAAACGAACAUAUAAUUCAUUAGCUGUUCAUCAACUUAAACAUCAUAAAGCUGAAGAACAACGUUUAGCAGAUUUACUUCGUGAACGACGUCUUCGUCUUCAAGCAAAAAUGUAUUUUCGUGAAAUGGAAGAACGAAAAGCUCGUGCACAAGAAUUACGUGAUCGUGCAGCACGUGCUUCAACUGAAUAUCGAGAUAAUUAUCGACCACCAUAUGAUUAUAAUGGUGAAGGAACAUUUUCUCGACAUUAA